UCAGAAUAUUUCAGCAAUACCGAAUGGCAGCUGGGUUCUUAAAAUACAUUUCAUUAAUCGCGGUUUCCUCGAUAACUUAAUCAUCGAACUUUUGUAUUCAAUCACGCGCGAAUAAAUUAAUGUACUCGUUUCCCAGUUGUAAGUUGCCGACCAUUGUGACUGGAGCAUUUUGCGAUAUGAAGAAAAUACUUUGCUUCAUUGUCUUCUGUUUAACCUCGAACGUUUGGGGUGAGACAUCAGCGACUGUAGAGCCUCCGACGAAACUCAAGACUUGCGCAAAUGUGACCCGGAUAACCGUAGCUGUAAAUUUGCUAGAUAAAGAGUGCAUGAAAACAUCCAGCAGCAGUGCGAUUUUGCUGAACGGCGAUGAAAACAACGUCGAAGUGAAAGAUAUUGAAAUGAACGUGUAUGCACUUUGUCUGCUGCAAAAAUCUAGCAUUAUGAACGAGCAAGGAAAAAUCAACUUGAACUUUGAUAUUUUUAAAAUUGUAAAAAACUUGUACAAAAGGACUGACCAAAGGGGCUUUGGUUUGGCUUUUAUAAUAAAGUCGCUUGAAAAGUGUCGACAAACUGAUGGACCUGAUCAGUUUAGUACGGCUACGAAAAUAAUGAAAUGCCUGUUGGACAACCAAAAAACUGUGAUACGGUGCGAUCAGCAUUAAUUUUUAAGAAAAUUACAUUGUGUAUUAAGUAUUUGUUUUCUAUGCGCAUUAUUUACUAGUGAAAUUAAUCGUAAUUUUAUAUAAUAAUGAACUUGCAAAGCUGUACAAAAUGUUAAAUAUAUGCAUAAGCAGCUUCGAUCUACAUAUAGAUAUCAUUAUUGGUACCUAUAUCUUGAAAAGUGUGACAGUUGUAUAACCUUUAACCUAAUAACCCUUCUAACUGUGUGCUUUUCUCCUGAUCGAGAAAUUUUCAGAAACAGAAUGGCUUUGUUCACGCCUAAAAAUCAUCCGUGGAAACCUACUACAGGAUAUGAAACUACUGAUGCUUUUCCAGUGUAUGAUUUUAUUCCGUGCCUUACAAAAUAAUUAAAUAUAAUAACCAGUUAAGUAA